AUGUCUUCAUCCUCCAAGCCCGACAUGGAAGGACUCGCAAGGAACGAAAAGGGCGAACCCCGACUCGUCCGGUCCUACACGCUUCGCUUUGUCGGCGACUGGGGCGGCGCCAACUUCCACCGGAUCUGCGCGUGGCUGACUCAGGAGUUCUGCGACCGCGCCGGCGCCGGCAGCCGGACGUCGAUCUGGAGCCUGCGCGACGGCGGUCUGGACGCGCUGCAGCAGCUGCACGAUGGCGCCGCAGAUCUGGCCAUCGCGACGCCCGCGGCGCUGUUGAAAAGGGCUCUCACAGGCGAACGGCCCUUUACGAACGCCAUACCGCACCUGCGCGCCCUGGGCGUGCUGCCGCAGAACGACCGGAUGGUGCUGGCCGUGGCCCCAAAGCACGGAGUCCGGACGUACGCGGAGCUGCGGGAGCGGAAGCCCGCGCUGCGGCUCGCGACGUCGGUCAAUGACGGGACCAACUUUAUCGGCUUCGUGGCCGACGAGUUUCUCACCGCCCACGGCGUGUCCAAGGCCACGGUGGUGGACAAGUGGGGCGGAACCGUUCUGACGGCGCAGCGGCCAGAGCAAUGCGUGGCGCUGGUCGAGGAGGGCAAAGCCGACGCCCUGCUCCAAGAAGCCAUCAUGACGCCCUGGUGGAGCGGGCUGAUCGAGAGCGGCAGACUGGUCCCCCUCCCCGCCGAGCGCGAUGCCUUGUCGGCCCUCCACCGAUCGCUGGGGCUAGGGAUGAACGUCCUCCCCGCUGGGUUCUGGAAGAAUGUGACCCACGAGCUUCCGGCGCUGGACUUUUCGGACUUCGUGAUCCUUGUCCGGGACGACAUGCCGGCCGAAGUGGCGUAUCUUCUGGCCUGGUGCCUGGUCGAGACGAGGCACAUGAUCGAAGCACAAUACAAGCAUCUCGCUCCUGAGAAGAGCCCGUUGAGUUAUCCCCUGGAGCCCAAGAAGAUGGCGCAGCCUCCGUUCCCGCUCCACGAUGGUGCCAAGGAGUUUUACUCCAGGGCUGGCUACUUAUAG